CCGGUCGGUCGGUCGGUUAGUCGCUCAGUCUCGGAGACUUGUUUGACUCGUCGUUUCGCGUCAACGUUUGGAAGUUUUUUUUAUACUUUGGUGCUGUGUUUUGAUGGAUGUUUUGGAAGGUGAAAAAGAUCAUAAACCAUCCAAAUGUCAUCAUCCCCCUUGGUACGUGUAGAAAACUAGUGAAGGGUUAGUGCAGUUUGAGCUUAAAGUGUCUGGUUUUUGGGGUGAUAACGAGAUAGAAAAUUGCAAUCGGAAGCAGUGAAGAGCCUGCGGGGAAACGUCGAAAGUAUUGCGUUGAAGUUGCUACGAGAAGAAGACUGCGGAAACGUCAAACGGGUUGCAAUCGAUGUAACUCGACAGUGACAAUCACUAUUGAUUGGAUUGGAUGGUUUGCGUUCGGGGGAAAAAUGUGAAAUCAUGUGCCUGCUGUGAUCGUUUUCGGGCUGCAUCAUCCCUUGGCUAGGCAACGGAUGUGUUCACAGGCUGUGAUGGUAAAUUAGUAUUUUUACUUGUUUUUUUUCCCUCUGCCUUUCGGUGGCUUCCAUUGUCUUAUUGGAUUUCUUCAGUGUGAAGAUCGUCUGCUUGAAUUAGAAUGGCCUAGCUGGGCUCCCCCCUAGGUUCUGUGUGCGGUGUGAUUGAACGCGUGAGACGAUCGUGACGCGUAUCGGUGUUGGUGCGCACGAAAGAUUCGAGAAGCUGAUUCGCGUUUGGAAACGCUGCAGAAGACUUUGCAACCCUGCCAGUUAGUGUUGUCGGGUGGCAGCAAUGUGGAUGUGAGCGUUUAUUAUUUUCAAUAUUAUUUUGGGUUAGCGUCGGGGCGUGUGUCGAUUGGAACAAAUAGCUUUGCGGAGUGCACUUUGUGCAGCACUUACGAUAUCUGUGGCUCUUUUUCUUUUACAAGCAUUCUUGUGGCUUGUGUACUUUUAGUAGAGCAGCGCCAACUACGAUCGAUUAAAUUCCGAGUGCCUUCGGCGCAACCAAUCGUGGCGAACCUUGGAAACUUAUUUCCCUUUCACGCAUGAAAAGCUAGCAGUGCGCUGGCCGCCGAAGUUGAUCGUUUGCUGGAAAAGACAGAACGGCAUGCCAAAGAAGAAACCUAAGUCAUAUUUUCAGAUAACUUUGUAGUUAGUCUCUAAGCCUUAAACAAAUCCUAACGUACGGCCCAAGAACCCGAAGACGUGGGAGUAUUGUUGCUUUUCUACUUAGCUCUUAGUAGUUUUGGUGUGACAUUCCACAGGUUUUCGCAAUUGAUCCCAGCAACCACGAACCAGGAGGUGUGAGGAAAUGUCAAAAUGAAAGUUGCUGCCACUGCAAGCCGCGCUAAGACACCACAAAGUUCCCUCAGUUGUAUUGGUGCUCUGUGAGACCCCCCGACAUCGUCGUUCGGGUAAAACCAAAUCUGGACAAAAGAUUUCGACGAUUGGAAUGCGAGAAACUUUUUGGCAAAUCAACCCCUCCCCGCACGGAGUGUUUGUGGAGCGUUUUACUAGUCGACCCGGGAAAUGCCGCGGCUCCGACUGUUGGCGUAAUCGGAGGUAAUCAUUUGCUAUGCGUUGUGCAUAAUUAGCUGCGCGAUCACGGAUACGCGAUUCGCUUUGGAUUCCAGUUGGAAUGCAUCCUUCUGAAUGCGUGGCACUCAUCAAACAAGUGGAAAUGCUAUGUAAACAUAUAUAAUUGAAGGUGCUCAAAAUACCAACUCCGUGACGUUCCAUAUCGCUGACUGAAAACGUGUUCACAUCAUCGAAAUCCGAGUACUAAUUUCACACGAAAAGUGCUCAAGCUUAUCUUGUUGGAUAGGGGGUUUUCUUUUUCGGGGCCUACGGUUUUUAGUAGUUCCAGCGUGUUGUUUCCAUCAUCCUCAUCGCCAUUCAUGCUCAAUGCACCUUAUGAGGUCUUAUGAGGUUUCGUUAGUUGCUGCCGAAUGUUUUGUAGUGAGAAAGUCCUAUCUGCAAGUGCCAAAGUGAAACGGCUCGGGAGGGAUCAAUUUUGCCUAAACUUGACGAACGAUCCCUCCUUUUUGGUGUUGUUGUUUCGGUGAAAAGGGAGUUGGUGCUGUGUUUUUUCUUAUUUCUACAUAUUCAUGUUGUUGCUGUUUUGGAGAAAACCAUGAAACAAGUGUUCGCGCGACGGGAGUUUGUCUAAUUAUGUUGCUUUUGUUGCUGAUCGAGCAAACCGACUGAGUGCGGAAAUUGCCAGAAACGGAAUGAAGAGAAAAUUUAAGCAAUGCAACCAACAAUGCAUGAUUAAUCGCUUGAUUCAGGAAAGUAACUUGUGCAUUCGACUAAGGUGUGGAUAGAGAGCUGCCAAAAACGGUAGCGGUUGGGGGUUUGUUGCAGAUUUUUCAAAUUUGCAGUCGAAAGUGAAAAGUGUUUGAGGCAUUUGUGGAAGUGUGGUGCGAUUUUUUUGCAACGCACCAUUUUAUAUGUAUCUAUAGAGGGUUAUUUCCGAGUAAGAGGAAGUUGUGUAUGAAAGUGAAAUUGCGUUGUCUGUUUUCGCGGUUGGCCGACCGCGGCCAUUUGUCGAUCGGGUCAGUCGAAAAUGCAAUGUCAGUGGUGGAUUUAACAAUUUUGACACCGAAAAUUUGCGCGGCCGAUUGCGCGGCAUGGCGGAAUCCGGCUACUCGUCGUUUGUACUACUACUAGAGAGAGCAAUACGCCUGACGCCUGACGACGACGACGACGCCAGCAGAAAAAGUAGUAGCGGCUCAGUGGAAAAAGUGGAAAACAAUGAGUAACGGAACGGCCUCCAAUGGAACCUCGUCUGGUGGGGCAUCCGAUGCAGAAGGUUUGCCCACCUGGCGAUUGUGGGGCGAGGAGCGCGAACAGGACGCCAUCUAUACCGUGUACCUGAAGAAGGUGCGCUACCAUCGGCCGACGCCAAGUGCAAGCAGUCAAGACUCGGACGAUGAGAUAUCGCACUUGGAGUGGGAAACGGUUCGAGUGCGAUUUGUGAAGGCGGCCACUUUGUCCCGGCUGGUGGAUGCUCUGACGACGGACGAUGGGGAACUGGAGAGUACCUUCGUCAAUGUUUUCCUCAACACUUAUCGGACCUUUUCGAAGCCAGAGAAGGUGCUGGAGCUGCUGCUGAAUCGGUACGAAAAGUUGCUGGCGGAACCGGCUCCAGUGCUUCCGGCCGAGUCCCUCACUGAUCAGCGCAAGAAAACUCUAGUCUCGGUAUUGCACGUCUGGCUGGAUGGAUUCCCGGAGGAUUGGGACACUGAUAACCUGCAACGGCUACUUGCGUUCACCUCCAAGCGGCUGCCAAACUCGGAACUUCACGUCAAAGCUUUACAUAGGUAUACGAAUAGGUUAGAUAAGUACAGUAGAAUCCCACCGCCGCUGCCAUGGUCCAACGACUAUCACGACCUGUCGGACCAAUUUGGGGGCCUGUGUUUGACUCCGGCCUUCCGGGGACCUCCAUCGCAUCUGCUGAACUCGUAUCGGUUUCCGAACAUUCCGGUGAAGCACUUUGCCGAGCAGCUUACCCGAAUGGACAUGGAACUGUUCAAGCGGCUGAUUCCGCACCAGUGCCUCGGAGCCUGUUGGUCCGCUCGGGAUAAACACGAAUGCGGUUCCGUUGUGGCCACCGUGACCCAGUUCAAUGCCGUCUCGUUUCGGGUCAUCUCCAGUGUGCUCAUCGAACCCCGCCUCAAACCACAGGAACGAGCCCUUCUCAUAUCAACUUGGAUCGAUAUAGCGCAAGAGUUGCGGUUGCUGAAGAACUUUUCCUCGCUGAAGGCGAUCAUUUCCGGCUUGCAAUCGAAUGCCGUUUAUAGACUGUCGAAAACGUGGGCGGCCCUGUGCCGCGAGAAGUUGGAGCUUUACACCGAACUGGCUAGGAUAUUCUCCGAAGACAACAACGCCUGGGCCCAGCGAGAAGUGCUGAUGCGGGAAGGCACUGCCAAGUUUGCCGAUACGGCCGGCGAAAACGAUCGGCAUCUGCAGAAAGUUUUUCAGAAGCAAAACACCUUAAUUAGUCACGGGACGAUUCCAUACCUCGGAACGUUCCUAACAGACCUAACCAUGAUCCAUGCUGCCAUCCCGGACACAUUGCUGGAAGGGUUGAUCAAUUUCGACAAGAAGCGGAAAGAAUUUGAAGUGCUAGCGCAGAUCAAACUACUGCAAGGGGCGGCCAAUUCGUACCAUCUACCUGAGGAUCCGCUGUUCGAUCGAUGGUUCGCCUCGUUGCUGGUGCUAGACGAGAGAGAAGCACAUACUCUGAGCUGUCAGCUGGAACCGCCACCGGAGACGGCCAAAAGGCCAGUUCACCAGGGACACAAGAAAAGUGAUUCGAUCGCCUCGAACAGUAGCAGUGGAGCUGGAUCGCAGUUCUACUGUGACAUAAAUAGUGCUUCUAAUCAGAGUUAUAGUUCCCGCAACAACUCCCUGGACCGGGACGUGACCCCACCGAAUGCAUCCAUCCUGUCGGCCGCCAGCAGCGUUUCGUCUCUGUCGAUGGAAUCGACCACCUCGAGCAGUCAGAAGUCGAACCACUUGCAGAAUGGGGGCCUCAUUCGGACACCCCAAUCCAAUAGGGCCCACAACAACAGCGCCCCCAAUUCGGCUAGCAAGUCUCAAAACGGCCAGGAUACGCCGAUCAUCAAUGGGCAGCUCAAGGACGAUAGUCCCCUGAAGAAAAAUUCACCGGACUUUUACAUCAUCAAGGUGACCUACGAAACGGAGCAGGUCGAGCUGGAUGGAAUUGUCCUUUACAAAAGUAUUAUGCUCGGAAACAACGAGCGAACUCCGCAGGUCAUCCGGAACGCCAUGCUCAAGCUGGGCCUGGAAGGAGAUCCGGAUCGGUACACCUUGUCCCAGGUUCUCCCGGAUAAGGAACUGCUGCUGCCGAACAAUGCCAAUGUGUAUUAUGCCGUCAACACGGCUUACAAUUUGAAUUUCAUUCUGAGACCCAAAAAAGACGGCGAAAAUGGUCGAUAGAGCUGUGGAAGAACAAACUUGGUUUGUUUUUAAUCACAAUUUUGUACACACUCCUAUUUAUUUGUUUAAAUUUAACCGUGAAAUCUCUGUAACAUACACUCAAAAGUAAUGAUAUUUAACUGAAAAGUAUAUCAACUAGCAAUCGGACCCAUUCGAGCAAGUAAGUCUAGAGACAAAUAAGUAACCAUUUUCCAAUUAUACACAGAAAAAGAUUUUUUAACUUGUAGAAAAUUUUAAGCAAUGUGAAAUAAAAGAGUCGAUAAGUUUUAAACAACCGAUUAUGAGAUACCCUUUUAAGGAACGAUAAUCGCUCUGUAAAUGAAUUAUAACUGUACAGACUGUAGGUAGAUUACAAAUCUAAACAAUAACGUAAAAAGGAAAAAAUAAGGUUGCUACUUGAUAUUGGUGAACGCGAUAUAGAAUAUCAAAAAUAUUUAGAAAACAAAUAAACCUUAACAAGAGCUUACACGAACCCUCACCACACACACUAAUAAACAUACACACAUUCAUCGUAGAGUGAACCAAACAACUACUUUUCAACUGCAAAUGGUUUGGUGGAACAGAUAUAAAUGAAACCGUAUAGACUAAAUCUAUAGUAUUGAUCCUUUCAAUAAAAA